CAACACGAACGCCGACGACGGCCCGCGACUAACAACGUGCGGCCGAGCGCCGGGGCUUCUACGAUGCGUGUCGCUCACUGCAAGCAUGGGCCCUGCAAUUCAACUGUAGCUUUGGUUGUACGCCCGUCUAGCCGCUCCAACCACAGCACCCCCCUCGUGAGACGCCCUUUUUCGUUUGCCGGUGUCUCUGCUCGUCGGCAGGCGGACGACAGCUGGGUUUGCCACCGCCAAUCCUGCGGACGAUCCUAUCCUCGACGCCUGGUGCAGUCCGUGCUUAAACUGCCGCACGAGUGCCCGCAGGGCUUCGGGAGGCACAGUCUCUACCCCCAAGCUUACAGCUGCUGUUAUCUCCUUGAGGCAGUCUACGUAGAGAAAUCGGCGGUCUUGCGGGGUGGACCCGGUCUCCUUUGUGCAUGCCUGGACCUGGAUAAGAAUGGAGGCAGGCGAAGGUGCUCCAACUCCAUUGUUGUCAACCGUGGGUGCUUGUAGACGUCGGUCUUUAUCGGCCAUCGAAUGUUGUUCUGAAGGCCAGUCAGUCCGACACAACAGUCACGCAGUAACCACAACCAGCGUGUUCAUGGUGUUUUCCAGCAGGUUGAACCACCCCAACAAAACAAUCUCGACCUCAUGCUGACGUCAACCAAAACAAUCCAAGAACCUCCGCGCAUGUGUGUACAAGCUGGUGCGUUCCAUCCGAUUCGAACAGAGUAGAAUCAGACACACGACGAGAGGAGGGUAAGGUGCUACCUUCCAUGCUGGCAACAUGAAAGAAGAAGUGUUUCCUCGCCCCCCCUCGUCUC